AUGUCCGACCCCAACCGUCCUCCACCCUUUCAUUAUCCGUCCUACACUUCAAAUUCAUCCGAGUAUCCUGGGAAUGAGGCAACAUUCAACGACUGGGCGAUGCCCCAGUAUUCGCAGCCGUCCUAUGCACCUUCGGUCAACUACGACAUGGUAACUGGCUUUGCGGAGAAUCCCGCAAGCGCUUCGCCUAUAUUUUCGGGGGAGCGGUCUUUAAAUUCCAAGGUCGCAAUUCCUAGAUCAGCAAACCCAAGCAACUGGACUAGCAGCGGACGGGUCAGCCGGGCAUGCGAGAAUUGUCGAGAACAGAAAGCAAAGUGUAGCGGGCAUCGCCCGACUUGUCAGCGAUGCCAAGAAUCCGGCGCUCGUUGCUCAUAUGGCGAUCGGAAGCGAGAGAAGAUGGCCAAGCAACUGAGUGAUCUGACCAACAAGUCUAAGAUAUAUGAAGAUUUGUUGAACGAUGUCCGUUCGAAGGUAGAUUCGCAAACUGCUGAACAAAUCCAGCAGGUUAUACGUGAACAAAGCUCGCGCAAUGAUCAGGCACCUGGUCGCAAGACGCCGAUCUCUUUGUCCACUGUUCGAGGAGCUGAUACCACUGCUAACCCUAGCCCUGAUUCGAUCUCCUCCUUAGUGGCGUUGGAUUACAUCAACGAAGAUUUCAACCGUGAUGAGAAGAUACAAGCAAUGGGAUUUGUCGGCGAACAUUCCGAGAUAGCAUGGCUGUAUAGAUUGAAGCGAAUGCUCGAGCGCUCCAGCCCUGUUACACCUAGUCCCAGAGACAGUUGGGACCGCCCGUCGGUUGCUUCAAUGAGCUUUUUCUUGGAUGAUUCGGAUAUUCCUGCCAUGGAUAAUGUCGAUCCCUUGCAGCGGCCUGAGCAGAUGCUUGCUGAUCAGCUCGUGGAUAAAUACUUCUCAGUCAUCCACCCAUUCUUUCCGAUCAUAGGCAAAGCGAUCUUCCUGAGGCAGUACAAGUCGUUCUACUCAACUCCGUUCGUGCGACCGGGGAAAAGAUGGCUAGCGAUAUUAAAUAUGAUUUUUGCUAUCGCUGCGAGGUACUGCCGCCAGUUACAGGCUGAUGACCAAGAUACACCGGAUGAUGGGCCCUUGUACUUUUCACGGGCAUGGAAACUUAGUAUGAGUGAUGUGGCUCUAUUGGAUCAUCCGAAUCUACAACAGAUACAAGUGGAAGGUUUAACAUCAUUCUAUCUCUUGUCUGUGGGGCAAGUCAACAGAUCAUGGAGAAUAUGUGGCACCUCGAUACGAUCAGCCGUUAUUAUGGGGCUGAAUCUACGGAAUGAGAGCAGCAUGGUUGUCCACACAUCUAAAGAGACUCGCUAUCGUGUAUGGUGGUCAAUUUACAUGCUCGAUAUUCAACUCUCCGUGAUGACUGGUCGUCCACCUCACUGCAGUAGCGACUUUUGUACUACACCCUACCCGGUGCCUUUCCAGGAGGAAGAAUUUCUAGACGAUAACAUCGUUCAAGUCAUUGCGGAUAAUGAGACUCGAAACAUCUUUAUGGAAGCUUUAUCGUCAAAGCACUUGACAAAACCUUUCAACGAGGCCAUGACUUCAGAAAGCUCCGGCCACCCAUUGUCAAAUCUCGGUAAACAUUGUUGGCAAGCUGCACUAAAUGCUGUGGAAUCUCUCACACCGAAUACCUCGCUAUAUUUUCUUUGUCUUGUCGACUUAGGCUUGAUCUUGCGUGAGUCUAUCGACACAUUAUACGCCCCAGGCGCUGCUCGAAAAUCGUGGCUUGAGGUAGAAAUGGCCAUUUCCACAUUGAACGGCAAAGCAGAUGCAUGGCUCUCCCGGCUUCCGGCAGCAUUUGACUUUACCCACGGCCACCAAAUGUUUGAGAGACAGAGGUCAUGUCUAGCCUUUCGCUUCUGUAGUGCCAAGAUCUUGAUUACUCAGCCAUGUCUUAGUCGUGUCACACGGAAAGCUCCGGGUGUUGAAAUACCAGGAAAUUUCUGCAAUACAAUGGCGGCUAUGUGUGUCGAUCUCGCGGGUCAAAUGCUUGAUCUCUUACCCGAUUCGCCGGAACCAUCAUGGGUCUACCAUGUCUCACCUUGGUGGUGUGUCUUGCACUUUCUUAUGCAAUCGACCGCCGUGCUCCUGACUGAACUACUCCUCCUCGCAAAGGCAGGAACUAUUCAUCAAAGGACAAUUGCUGAGAAAGUUUCUAAAGUGACGCGUUGGCUAGCUGUGAUGUCUUCUAAAGAUACAUCGUUUCAGCGCGCUCAACUCGUGUGUAGAGACCUGCUCUCCCAGAAUACUAUGGAACUUGAUAUUGGAGCCUACACAGAAGAUGAUAAAAACUGA